AUAGACUCGAGGGCUCUUACUACCAAGACUUGAUAGUGGUGUAACAGUGUCACGUGAUCAAGACGCGAGAAUCCAUCCUUGUAUUUUGGAUAUGUGCCUUUUAAUGCGUGAUCGAUUACAUACUGGGGCGUGUCUAAUAAUCACAUGUAGAUUAGACAGAAUAGACGUCCCUUCAUCGCAAGCGGCCAACUGAAUCAUCACAGGGAUUCUCAGGGAUUCGUGACACUGAUUCUGCUGGACGAAAAAAUAUGGCCCCGGCAUCGAGCACUUAACCAAACUCUCAGAACAAUAACUACCAGAAUGCUACAGCACAACAAUAACUACCCUUGCCUGGAUGUAGCCCAUAGAGAGCUGCUCCAUGGUUGUAGGCGAAAUGGUACUACAUUCAGCAGUGCCCUUGGAUUUGGUGCAAUUCCACUAAUUAAAGGUCUUAGGGCUUGGGCAGUAAGUGGAGGAUAUUCAAGAAGUAAGAGAAAAGCUGCAGCUGCUUCUCAAUCAUCUGACCGAGUUCAUCAGAGCACAAGUGGGACCAGCCAUAUGAAGACACAUUCAUUUCAUACACCUGGGGUCAGGCAAGGAGGACUUGGAGCUCUGGUGACUGUGGCCACAUUGAAGGACUCAGAUGGAGGCAGGCAAACCCAGACUCGAUGCCUCUUUCUCAAAGCUGAAGGAUGUAAUUACGUCUGUGCUGUGGGAACCAGAGUGGAUGGAAGAAAUUCUGGAAAAGGGUGCCAGGAUAGUGUAGGAAUCUGUGAUGGCAAACCUGUCAGAAAGUGGAGAAAGUCUAGCAAGAGGCCAAAAUCCAUUUCAGUAGUUGAGAAUAAAGAGGGAAUUGCCUCAGGAAAACUGGAACUUUUGGACAAAUGUUCCAUAACACAGUGCCUAAAGGCAAAAAGUGGCCUGACAGCGAUUAACAAUGAUGAAGAUCGUCAAAAUAGGUCAGAGUUUUCCGCUCCAGAUGAGACGUGUGAACCAGACACGUGUAUCUCCUUUACCAAAUGUGAUUCUAGCACAGAAGCGAAGGAAGACUCAGAACUAGCCUCUUGCCCGAAACUCAACAGUUGUGAGAUUUUUGUGGAACAAAACAUACCCAUUUCUACCAAUGACUGCAUAGAUAAGACAACAGAAAUCAGUAAACAUGAAAAUAAUCUUACAGCUGAUGUGAACCUGGAUCAUGUUUUUAAAUCCAAGGAAAUUUUUAUGCUAAACUCUGAAAAGCAUAGUCCAGGACUUGGAAAUGGAAUCUUAUCCGCUGUUAAUCACAGCCACUGUAACACCACAGACACUAUUAUAUAUGAGAUGGAUGUUUUAGAAGAAGAUAGAAAUCUGAAUAUGGAUGGAUCCAACGUAUUUGGUGUAUCCAAAAAGCUUGGACUAGUGUCUGAAGUACUUUCAGAGGACAGUAAUAAGACAAAUGAAACUUUGUUAACCAAUAGUCACAGCCACUGUGAGGAGACCAUCAUAACCCCUGCACCCAGCAACCAUUCAGAUGACACUUUAUUAACAAUUACACAAGUGGAACAGGAGUUAAAGAAAAGAGUAGAUGACAGUUUUGUUACCCAUGACAUGGAAAAGAUUGUCCAUUUUGCUGAACUGAAGAAAGACACUGGUCAUUUUAGUGAAUCAGUAGAUGAGUACUGGGGGUCCUCUACAUGUUUUUCUCAUUAUAAGCAGGAAAAAAUGAGGGAAGUAAAUAUAAGUAAAUUUGAGGAUAGAAAAAAAGUAAACACCACAAAUGAGGCUUUUGAAGAGCUUUCUAAUUCAUCAUCACAAGGUUCUGGCUCUUUCAGUGUUGCUAAUGCUAUUAUAUCCCUUCCUAAUCCGGCCCCCACCUCAAACACAACUGCCCUCAAAUCCAUAAGUAGGCAGCAACAGGAGGAGACCGAGGGUAUGAGAUUAGCACUGAAAACAGAUUUGGAGCUGCUAGAAAAGCAGAAGAGAGGCCAGGAAGCGGACAAAGUGGCGAACGAAGAAUGUGAAGUGGUGGAUGAGGAAGAUGUGGAUGAGUUUGGAGUCUUUAUGAAGGCAGGAGAUGAGCAGAUCUGGAAUGAAGGAUUCAACGAGCUAAAAAAAGUGCCUUGUGAGAAGCAUGCUGGCAUUGACAUUAGAAACAACUCGGUUUUAAAUGAAUGCCCAUUCUGGAUUUCCGAUUGGACCAGAGACAUGUCAAUCAAGCAAUCAGAGACAAGAUGGACUGCCUUCAAGCAGGAAGAGGUCAACAGAGGAGCAGAGAAGGAGUGCUGGUUUUCGACCGCCGUGGAAAACAUGCAUCUCACACACUCAUCUCUUAUUACUGUGCCAAAUGUGUUUUUAGAGGCCUUUCCUGAUCUAAAAUCCUCCUGUGGAGAUUCUGACUGCAUUCCCACAUUGGCAGAGCAGCUUCGAGGAUCUGCAGCAGAAAACAGACCCGGAAAUAAUCGGAGGCAGAGUAUGUUGGACAACCUUCAGGAUCUGGACCGCAUGAUUGGUGCGAAAUACAAGGUGGCAGAGUCUCUGUCUCGUAAGCUUCUCCUACAGUCAUUGAACUUGAGGACUCUGAACCCUGAGCGUGCAGGUGGCCGUAAACAGAACACAGCAAGGCUUUCACCGAACCUUCCCACAUCCAACCAGCAGUUAGCAGCUAACGCUAAAAGAAGACUCUCUUAUGACAUCAAUAGGAACAUCAUGUCAUAGUUUCUCCCAAUUUUAAAUCACUCUAUUCUACUGCUGGAAAAAGGAUAAACUUCAUAUGAAAACAAGCAUAAAUGUUUUUUUGCUAUAAGGCCUGUACCUUCUGUUCUCUCUGCAGUCACGUGGGAGAUUUGUCGUAUACUUAUGUCUGUUAGUAUUUUGGUCUGUUCAUUUCUCCAACAAUCUAUUUAAAAACAAAAGACAUCACAUGCAUCCUGAUGUUGCAAAUAAUAAUAAUAAAAAAGGCCUGACAUUCCUGGGUCAACAAGGAUCAGCUUGAUCAUUUACUUAACACUUACUAACUAUAGAGUGAAUUUUACUACCAGUUUUGAUUAGACAAUAAAAGCAUUUACCUAAUGUUAGUUUGUUUGUACUUAACCUCAAAUAUGUAAUGCUGAAGAUGGAAAAUUGAUGUUAGUGGCCAACUAGUUAGCUGGUUAAUUUGCCAGACUACAGUUAUUUCUUUUUUUCAUACAUUCAUCAUUUACAUUGUGUGUCUUGGUGGCCGACGCAGAGAACACUGGGCGCUAUGUUAUAAUCCAUCACAGGACACCACAGGACACACACAUCCAAACAUCUAUUCCUACAUACAGUAAGGACAAUUUAGCGCAAUACACCUACUGGCAUAUAUUUGGGAGGUAGGAGGAAAUUGGAGAACCUGAAGUGAAACCACAGGAACACUGGAUGAACAUAGGAAGGAGAGAAACACAUCACAAACAGUAACAAAUGCUAUAUUAUGUAAUUACAUUAUGCCUGGAUAAUUAAAAGCCUAGGCUAGGGAUAAUUUGGCAUGAUUCAACAAUUUAACAUGAUGCAAUGACCCAAUCAGUUUUUUCCCUUAUUGACCCAGGGAUUCAUUUGCUCAUUUGGAAGAUGAUAGCAUAGAGAUAUAAAUAGCAUAAAUAAAGCAAGAGACACAAUAAGCAAAAUAAAUACAUUUCUUUUGAAGGGCUCAAUAGCAGCACUCUGAAAUUAGUUUUCAAUUCACCAAUUAGGACUUUUAUAUAAAUUAUAUGACACUGAGCUAAAACAUAUUUACUAGUCUUGUGCCAAAACUUUAUUCAUGCUGUUACACUUUACAUUUUCUUCUUUGUAAUGAACUUUUAAAUGCACUUAUUGUUCUGGUUCUUGUCUAUCCAAUUUCACUUGUUCAGAAUAAAUAUUUGUUGUCCAAUCUAACAUCCUGUCUCACUGUUCAGAGAAAUGAAUGAUUAAUAA